GGGGAGGGGGACAUGCUUGCAGAACUGUUUGAUUUUUGUGUGGCCGUAGGGCAAAGGGUAGCCGGUCUGUCAGUCAACACUAAACCCUUUAUAAUUUAGCCUGUUGGGAGUUUCAAUGAGGGCAAAAGGAUAUCAUCAUUGCUGGGAAAUGGACCAUCACCCUGGCAUUGGAGUGAUGCUUAAGAUACUAUGGCUCGCCAGUCUUCUCUGCUGGGCCAGUUGUAAAGAGAGCCAGAACAUGACACCAGAGGAGAAGACCGUAAUCAGGGACCAGAUUGUUGAGAUGUUUGACCAUGCUUAUGGCAGUUACAUGAAAUACGCUUACCCAGCAGAUGAGCUGAUGCCUCUAAGUUGCAGGGGAAGAGUUCGUGGCUUGGAGCCCAACAGAGGUGACAUAGAUGACUCCCUUGGAAAGUUUUCGCUCACACUUAUAGACACCCUUGAUACCUUGGUGGUGCUAAACAAGCUUGAUGAAUUUGAGGAUGCAGUAAGGAAGACCAUGAGGGAUGUUCGACUGGACAAUGAUGUGGUUGUGUCCGUCUUUGAAACAAACAUCAGAGUCCUAGGAGGUCUUUUGGGAGCACAUGUGAUGGCUGACCUACUUCGACAGCGUGGGGAAAGGAUGCAGUGGUAUGGAGAUGAGCUGCUACACAUGGCAAAAGAGCUGGGUCAUAGAUUAUUGCCUGCCUUCAAUACCACAAGUGGCCUACCCUACCCCAGGGUGAACUUGCGGUAUGGGGUCCUAAACCCCCUCUCACGCACUGGCACAGAGUCAGAAACAUGCACAGCCUGUGCUGGGACCAUGAUCCUAGAGUUUGCUGCUCUCAGCAGACUGUCUGGGGACACUGUGUUUGAGGAGCAUGCGAGGAAAGCUCUUGAUGUCCUAUGGGAGAAGAGACAGAGAGGAAGUGACUUAGUGGGGACAGUCAUAAAUAUCCAUAAUGGAGAUUGGGUCCGCAGGGACAGUGGAGUUGGCGCUGGCAUCGACUCAUACUAUGAGUACCUAAUGAAAGCCUACAUUCUGCUUGGAGACAAUGUUUAUUUGGAGAGGUUUAACAUUCAUUACAGUGCCAUUAUGAAAUACAUCAUUCAGCCCCCCCUGCUACUCAAUGUGCACAUGCACAACCCAACUGUGAGUGUGCGCAGCUGGAUGGACUCUCUCCUUGCCUUUUUCCCUGGUCUACAGGUUUUGAGAGGAGACCUAAAGCCUGCCAUUGAGACCCAUGAAAUGCUAUACCAAGUCACCAAACAGCACAAAUUUCUGCCAGAGGCUUUCACCACCGAGUUCCGCGUUCAUUGGGGCCAACACCCUCUUAGGCCAGAAUUUGCCGAAAGCACUUACUACCUCUAUAAGGCCACGGGUGACCCCUACUACCUCAGGGUGGGACAAUCCAUUGUGGAGAAGCUCAAUGCCUAUGCCAGGGUGCCUUGUGGUUUUGCUGCUGUGCAAGAUGUCCGUACAGGGACACAUGAAGACAGGAUGGACUCAUUUUUCCUGGCGGAGAUGUUUAAAUACCUGUACCUGCUGUUCUCUGAGAAGAGCAAGCUGCCCUUCGACAUUGAUGACUACAUCUUCACUACAGAGGCCCACCUCCUACCCGUCUCUUUGUCCACUGCCCAGCCGCCCUGCCUGGGCAACAACACAAUGGUUACUCCAAUUUCCCAAGAAGAGGACCUGUUCACAUACUCCUGCCCCAGUACCCAGACCUUAUUUCCCAACAACCCUUCCUUUGCCAAGACUAUCCGGGACAGCUACAAGUACCUCACUGGAGUGGGACGGGCCUUCCACUCCUUGCCUGUCAGGGAAAUUGAACUACCGCUUCAUGACAAUGGUAUGGAGCCAGUGGAGUUCUUGAAAAGCAUGGGCAUUUCUCUCACCCCGCUUACUGAGGCUGUGACAGGAGACUCUGGGAGUCAGAGGGAGCAUAAAGGACUGUACCGGUUAAAGCUAGUAGCAGAGGUAAGCCAGACACCAGAAGAAGAAGUCGUGGUGCCACACAUAGUUCAGCUCAUAUCACCCCCUUUUUUGGGAAGGACAGUCCUUACUGCCGGACCAGCAAAAUUUGGAAUGGACCUUACCAAGCAGGAACAUGGAGUCAAGGGCAGCAUAGUGAAGGCAUCUCCCUACACAGCAUGUGGACCCAUAUACAAUGCUGCUGAGCUGAAAGGCCAUAUAGCUGUGGCACUGCGUGGAGAUUGUAUGUUUGUUGGCAAGGCUCGUAGGCUGCAAGAGGCUGGGGCCACAGGAAUCAUAAUCAUAGACCACCGUGAGGGGAGUAACAGAGAGGAGACACCACUUUUCCAGAUGGUUGGAGAUGGCGACUCCACCAUAGACAUUAGUCUUCCAUUGGUCUUCCUUUUCAGCCGUGAAGGCGCUGUGCUGACAGAAGCCCUGGAGGAGCACCGCAAUGUAGAUGUACUGUUGCUAGCCCAAGAUAGGCAGCUUGGACAAGGUAAGCCAGAGAAGCAGCUGGGAAUGAACAUAAAGUUCCGUCUGGCAGAUGGGGGGGAGGUGCAGAAGGGAGCUGCUAGAGGGCCUGCCCUGGAGUUUGUCCUGGAGAAAGGAGAGGUGCUGCUUGAGGAGGAGGAAGAAGAGCUUAAGGGAGAAUGACAGUCACAGCAGCUGUACUGCACAAUGACAUCAGGACAGCAGGCAUUGAGUAAUAUUGAGCCAUGCUUUGAGGGUGAGAUUUCUCCUCCAGAUUCCUCUUGA